AUGGCCAAGAAGGCAGUCUCAAAAUUACCUACCAAACGUUUUACAAGACCAUCAGAGCCGAGUUCCGAAGACGAUAACCUUUGCCCCGUUUGCUUAGAUGAAUUUGUGGCUGGCGAUGUUUUACGAAUUUUGCCUUGCAAGCACGAAUUUCAUAAAACUUGUGUAGACUCUUGGCUAGAGAAUAAACAAACUUGUCCCUUGUGUAAAUCUAAUUUUCUAAGAACUUUGGGACUUAUCCCAUCUGAUGACAAUACCAGUAGUAAUAACACUGAAUCUGAGGCGUUAUCUCAACUUCAUGGUCGUGAUAUAUCUCUAAAUGCUAUUCCUGGAGAGGAGCAAGCAGAAAGCAACGAAAAUAACGAUAGCGAUUCUGAUGGCUUUCGUGUCUGUACUAUUCAAGUUGCUAGUAGCUCACCUACCGAGAGGAAUCUAUUAUCAGAAGAUUCUAACUGUUAUCAUAUAGAAACUGAAGUUGUACUUAGUACGGAACGCCGUAGAAGUUCUGCAUCGGAAGCUUCAUGUGAUACUCUAUCAACAGUUGGAUCCAGUGGUAAAGAUAACUCUCCAUUGAUUCAUGAAAUUCGCAAGUUAUAG